GGACUGAGCGGCGGUCAUAUUUUGUACCGCUAUGCGGUACAUCUAGUUUGUAUUGUUAAGAUGGAAGCAGUCAUUUCACUUCACUUUCACAAAUGCAUUGUAGGAUGACAUUCUAUAUAGGCUUAAAUAUAUGCAAUUUUGCCUCAUUGCAUCAUUUUAGACUGACAUCAUUCCAAAUGAAAGUGAGAAAGUGAAAUGGGCACGCCCAACAAAAGCCGACCCUUCAUUUUUCAUUUACGACGUCAGCGCAGCGGGUACACGCAACUCUUCGCUACGCCACUUGAUAGUAUUCGUAAUCGACGAGAAUGACAAAACAACUAAAAAGAGACUUUAAAUGUCGUUCAACGUGCCGCUAUUGGAUUGUUUUUUCUAUUUUACAACCAAAUGUAAGAUUUCUUCACUAUGGGCUACAUAUUCGAAAGCGAGUAGCACGCGAAGACGAGAAAAUGGAAGACAAGAAGAGGGGGGAAGAAGGCCUACUACUACACAAGCUUCACUGAAAGCGCACAGGGUGCCUCCUGUAGAUGGCUCCAAAUGUACGAACGCUAUAAUGCGGAAUGCUUCAGACUAUUGAAAGACAUGGGAGGAGAUUUCAAAUCAGACGGAGUGCCCAGACUUCCAGAUACCCAGAUACUUUCAGCCCUAUACCGCUCUGUGAACAGUGCUACGGCUGAUGACAAAAUCAUAUUCCUGCAUGUGGCCACAAAGCAGAUAGUGAGGCUGUUGAACAAUUCAAAUGUGACCAACACUUGGGAUAAGACGAAACUGGACAACCUGCUCAACGUUCUCAACCAGCAGUCUACCAACCUUGGAGAUUGUGCUGCACAAGUGCCGACAAGAAUGUCUAAAUACAGAAAACAACUGAAGAAACACUUCCGUAGCCUGAAGAAGUUCCUGAUAGAAAUGAAAUACAGCAAGCAGUCAUGGGAGCAGAUCAGGAAAGAAGUUGAACGUCAUCUACACCGACUGCUGUACCUAGCCAACACAAUGGUGGAGUACUGAAGAGGCCAUGGCACACAUUGGAUUUAGUAUUUUCAUUUGGUUUGGGGAUAUUUAACUCCCCACAAAAAGACACACAUUCUGAAUUCCGAACAUUCAAUCAAGCUUCUUAGACCAUGCAUUGAGAACAAACUAUUUAUUGUAUUUAUUUAUUUUAAUUUUAUAAUGUAUUUAUUGAUAAGCUGUAUUUAUUUUUGUACUUGAGAAAUGCCUGUUUAAUGUAGAUCAUUAAACUCUUUAUGAUGUAA